AUGCGGGGAUGGCAAGACAGCACUUCACAAAGCGGUGCUUGUCGAGAACAUCCCGGUCACCAAGGCGCUAUUGGAUAUAGGCGCAAACGUGACGGCGGUGAUAAUGAUGGCAAUACGGCUCUACACAUCGCAAUUAGCCGUACAGCCAAACCCAAGACAAUUCACCUGUUGCUAGACAAGGACGGCAAGACAGCACUCCACUUGGCGACACUUCUCAAGAAUAUCCCGAUCACUAAGGCACUAUUGGAUAAAGGCGCAAGUGUGACGGCGGUGGACCAGAAUCUCCAAACGCCGCUUCACUUGGCUAACGCCCAGACAUAUGAUGAUGAGGAUGAUGCCAUCGCUCAUUUACUGUGCUCACAAGGAUAUGAGGCCAAGGUACAAACAUCGUCCCAACGUUCAUCACUAACGAAAAUCCAGCUGGGGCUACUGGUGACUACAGAAUACUGGCACAAAUGCUUCCUCGAAGGAAAACCUUUGAUGCUCGUCCCGUCAGAAGUGAUCAAAGGUGGAGGCGCGACAGUCGACACGUACUUAAAUGCGAUGAAUGAGACCGCCGAUGGUCAACUAGUAAAGCGAUGCAAGAUCAGUGGCGUUGGGCCUAGUACAUGGGGAAAGCUACACUUGUCAAGGCACUGUCGCAGGUAG